CCGUCUCCAUUCAUUACUCCUCGACAUGGGAUCCCUGCUGAUGUGAAGGUUUACAAAGCCUUGGGAAUUUUCAGAAGGAAGAGCAGUGUAAUUGAGCUUUUGCCUUUCCAGGAAGAGUUCACCAGUGGGGAAGAUCUCGGGAAGUUGGACUGUGGCCAUGACUAUCACUUUGACUGAAUCAAACACUGGUUUGUGUAGAAGAAUUCGUGCCCCAUCUGCAGGCAGACAGCUUUGGCUGUUUGAAGAUAUAGUUUACUUUCUCCACAGUAGACGAUUUUCUAGGCUUGGCUGUUUCAAUGUCAUGGCAAUUAUUGCAGAGCAAGGAAGAGAUUUCAACAUAUGUUUUUCGAAGCCUGGGCUCUCAAUUCCAAGCUUGCCCUACAACUGCUGAUAUGGAUAUUGUGUUUUCUUUCCCUCCAGUGAUCACAUCAGAAAUGAAUAACUCUCUAUGCGCAGACAUCACACUGGAGGAGGUUAGAGCUGCUACUUUCCAAUUAGGGGCCUUUAAAGCACCAGGUCCAGAUGGGUUUCCUGGAGUUUUCUACCAAAAGCAUUGGGACUUGGUUGGUGAGCAAUCUGCUUUUGUGCCUGGCAGAAUGAUCCAGGACAAUCUUGUUGUUGCGCAUGAGGCAUUCCAUGGUUUUGCUCAUAGAUGUUAUUCUCAAGAUGCCUACAUGACACUUAAAUUAGGCAUCCAUAAAGCAUAUGAUACGGUGGACUGGCUAUUCUUGGAGCAAGUGCUCAGGGCGAUGGGUUUCCAUGAUUGGUGGGUUGCUAGAGUAAUGGAGUGCGUUCGAUCAACCUUAUAUUCAAUUCUAAUCAAUGUGAGAGAUGGCUCCCUAUAUGCUUAUCGUAUAACAAGGCAGUGCCCCCCUAUUAGCCAUUUGCUUUUUGCUGAUGAUGCAUUACUUUUUUGCAAGGCUUCUAUCAAUCAAGCUUCUUUCUUAAAAGAGCUACUCUCUUGGUAUGGUGCAAUGUUAGGUCAGCACAUUAAUUUUUCCAAGUCUGCAAUUCUUUUUAGCAGAAAUACUUCUCUUUCGUUGAAAACUACUAUCUGCUCUUUAUUUUCUAUUCAUCGUGAUGCACCUGUGCACAAGUAUUUGGGCCUCCCUACUAGUUGGGGAAGAUCCAAAAAACAGAGUUUACAAUUUGUUAUUGAGAAAGUGCAGCAGAAGUUGCAGGCUUGGAAGAAAUCGCUAUUAUUUGCAGCUGGUCAUGAGGCUAAGCUUGGUUUCACUCCCUCUUGGAUUUGGAGAAGUCUUUUACAAGGACGAGAUGUUUUAAAAUUGGGGCUGCGGUGGAACAUUGGUAAUGGUCAAAAUGUGUUCCUUUGGGGUCACAAAUGGAUACCUACCAAGCAGGGAUGUCAGGUUUCAACCCCCCAACCACAACAUGGCUACAACGUCAGGGCUAUAGUACAAGUUUCAGCUGGCCCAUCUCCAGACAAAUUAAUAUGGCAUUUUACAAGGACUGGGGAGUUCACAGUUCGUUCUGCUUAUCACCUUGCAAGGACGAAUGGUUUUGGAUUGUUUCCAUUAACUAAUUUCCAGGCAAAUCUUUUUCUUAAGGGCAUGGUGGAGAGCCUUGUUUGUGGUCUUUGUGGUCUUUGUGGUGGGGAUGGUGAGUUUAUUACCCAUAUGCUAUUCACUUGUCAAUACGCUGCUCAAACUUGGAAUCUAGGCAUUUUUCAAGGCCAUACAAUGCAACCGCAAAUGGUUGUUCAGAAAGCCAUGUUUCUAGUAGACAAGUUUUGUAGAGUUAACGGUAAAGACCCUCUUAUUCCACCAGUGUUACAACUUAGGGAUGGAUUAGAGGAUGAAUUACAACGGUGGAGUCCACCACCCGAAGAUGUUGUUAAAUGUAAUACUGAUGCAGCUAUGGAUGUUAAAAAUGGUGUUGCAGGUCUAGCUGUGGUCUGUCGCAACAGUAGGGGCAUUCUUGUUGAUGGUUUGGCCUUCAAACAAUCAGUUAGUUCUGUUUUAAUGGCUGAAACUCUCACAUUAAGAGCUGCAGUAGGCUGGGCAGCUAGGAAUGGCCUCAAAGACAUCAUUUUGGAAUCUAACAGCAAAGAGCUCAUGCAAGUUGUUAACAAAAGGCUAACUCUGCAACUAAUUGGGUGGCCAAAAAGUGUCUUAAGAAUUCGUGCCCUCUCUACUAGACCACCAAUCCAUCUACAAUGCUAUCUGGAGGGCUUCUCAAGCAUGAUGGAGCCGGUCAACUGUGCUCUUAUGUUCGAUGACCACUUUACAUGGUCUGUUGAUCUGGCGGCCAAUCAUGAAGAAUUCAGGGGAUGGCCACCGCUUGCUCUAAUAUUCCAGCUAUGGUAUCCUGGAGAACAGGCGUAAUUAUGCAAGAGUAGAUAGAAGGGUGUCCAAUUUUCUGGAACGGUGGACCAAAGAAAUCUGUCAAAAUCUGUCUCCUUUGUCAAAAUUUGUUUCCUUAGCGGUUGUUUGUGUGAAAUAUUUACUAUCCCUCUUUUAUCUGUCUUAUGUUGAACUUGAUCUACUUUUCAUUUUUUUUCCAAUUGGGCUUUAACUGUUUGUAAUUUUUUCUUAGCGCUUUGUAUUUACUAUCAGUUUUUUAGGCCUACCCCUCUCAAAAAAUUACCCAACGCGCAUCAAUUUCAAUUUUCAGAUUAGUUUAGCUAGCCUUCAACAUAUUUCCCAAUUGCGAUUCAAAAGCCUGUUCUUGUUCAUGGCUUUAGUUUGAAUCUUUUGUUGGAAGUCUGCCCAGCACAAAAAAUUUCUAGAAUCAAACCAAAUCUGCAACAUGUUUCUCCAGACAAAAGGCUUGAGACCAGUUCUUACUUUGUCUUCUAGGUUUGCUUUUGUUUUUUCACUCUAGUUUGCUUAGCUUUUAGGAUUUGAGUCCCGAUCUCAUGUUUUUAUUGUAAUCAUUGUAUUAUCUUUGCCUUCUUAGAAUUUUUUUUUUUU